CUACAGCAAGCUACUGCCCGACGGGAGAGACUUGCCUGAUGUGAAUCUGUUUUCGGAUGCUAGUUUUGCGAAUUGUUGCAAGACCAUGCGAAGCACUAGUGGUAGCAUUAUGUACUUCCGCGGCUUCCCGAUCUGUUGGCGUAGCAACCGGCAGACCGUGAGGGCGUACUCCACGGCGGAGGCGGAGUAUAUAGCUGCUUCCGACACUAUUGUGCUGAGCGAGCAGAAUGACUUUACAGAGUUCUUCAAACCUCUACCCACUGUCAUGGUGGAAAAGCAGAAUGGCUUAUCUCCCUCCCUGGAUGAUGCCAUAUUGUGGAUCGACAACCAGUCCGCGAUAACUACAGCUAAGAGCACAGACAACAAACCGAAAUCGAGGCACUACGCACUGCGAUAUCUCCGCGUGAGAGACGCAGCGAGCCAGAUCAUGUUCUGCCCGACCUACCUAAUGAAGGCAGACGGUCUCACGAAGCUCGAGUGUAGUGUGCCGCAGAGACGCUUACUCUUGCACCAUAUAGAUAACCCCGACCCUAAGUCUUUUAGUUGUGACGCCUCUGACGAUGAGGAUGAUUUAGACACUUUUAUUGAGGGGAAUCAUAAGAAGGGCAAGGCUAAAGUAGGCUAUACUUAUUCGAUUUAUUUUGGUUUCUAGAGGGGGUAUAUAGCUAGUUUACCACAGCGCGCUCAGGAGGGGAGUGUGGUUGGACGUUAUCCAGAUUAGCACCACCGCCGCAGCGAUUGAGGAGGGGCGUUGGUCAUGGAAAUCGAUCCCGCACACACGUAACACGAUCGCCCCAAAU